AGUACAAACCCAACCACAUGAGAUCGACUGCUCAGGAUAUCAUCGCCACUAAAAUCUAAUAAAUAUAUUUUGGCAAUUUAGAAAAAAGCCAGAAAAAGAAAACCAAUGGAUUGGAAAUUUCAGAGUAAAUAAGAGGCUCUGUUUCCUUCUGUCUCUGCCCAGCGCGAGAAAAUUGCUCACUUUUUCACUUCAAACCCUCUGUCUUCACUCAGCAAACAGUAGAAGAAAAUAGGAAUGUCAAUUUGCUGCUUCUGAUCUUCAAAUCCCACAGGACUAGUCGCAGAGAGAGAGAGAGAGAGAGAGGAGAGAGAGAAUGGGUGGGGUUACUUCAUCCAUGGCUGCAAAGUUUGCCUUUUUCCCACCCAACCCACCAUCCUACAAGGUAGUUAAAGACGAAGCCACUGGUCUCUUGCUCAUGGACCCUCUUCCUCAUCGUGAAAACGUCGACGUUUUGAAGUUUCCCACUCGCCGCGGCAAUGAGAUCGUGGCCGUUUAUAUACGCCACCCAAUGGCCACCUCUACCCUGCUGUACUCUCAUGGCAACGCCACUGAUAUCGGUCAAAUGUACGAGCUUUUCAUCGAAUUGAGCAUUCACCUCCGCGUCAAUCUCAUGGGGUAUGAUUACUCUGGCUAUGGACAGUCAUCAGGCAAGCCAAGUGAACAUAAUACUUAUGCAGAUAUUGAAGCUGCAUAUAAGUGUCUUGAAGAGAGGUAUGGGGCUAAGCAGGAAGACAUAAUCCUCUAUGGUCAGUCUGUUGGAAGCGGUCCUACUGUUGAUCUUGCUGCCCGUUUGCCUCGACUGAGAGCAAUUGUUUUGCAUAGCCCUAUAUUAUCAGGUUUAAGAGUCAUGUAUCCUGUGAAACGCACGUACUGGUUUGAUAUCUAUAAGAACAUUGAUAAAAUCCCUCUGGUGAAAUGUCCUGUGCUGGUAAUACAUGGAACAGCUGAUGAAGUUGUCGACUGCUCACACGGCAAGCAACUUUGGGUACUGUGUCAAGAGAAAUAUGAACCUCUAUGGCUAAAAGGCGGAAGUCACUGUAAUUUGGAACUGUAUCCAGAAUAUCUUAGACAUCUCAAUAAGUUCAUAUCAACUGUUGAAAAAUCAGCUUCGCGAAGGAUUAGUUCUAGAAAAAGCACAGACCAUAGGAAAAGCACGGACCGCAUCGAACUUCCUAGGAGGAGUGUUGAUUUUUUUGAGGCUCCAAGGAAGAGUACUGAUCGGAGAGAGAAAUCAAGGAAGAGCACUGAUAGACCCGAAAAGCUGAAAUUUAGUGAAUACAAGUUUAAUAACGUUGACAAGGUAGAUAAGUUUAGGAUCUCUGCUGACCAGAUAGAGAGGUCACGAAGAAGCGUGGAAUACCAUCACGAGAAAUCUAGGAGAAGCAUUGACCAUCAGCUAGAAAAAGCGCGGAAGAGCGUUGACUGGCUGGACAGAAUUCGAGCUGGGUAAAUCUCCGGUGAAACUUUGUAUUGGGUUGGGAUAAAGAAACAUAGAACAAGUGGGGUGGGGAAAUUAUUUGGGAUCUAACUUAAGGUUGUAGAGUUUGUGGUUUCAGCCAAAGUUUGUGGUUUCAGGAUGUGUAUCUUUGUUAUUUUAUGUAACUUUGUCAUGGCUUGUAGAGUUUUAAUGUGUUCUUUUGGGUGUCAUUGCCCCUUGAUUGUUAAUGAAAGAACUCUAACCUCUUUGUUUCUCAUAAUUGAAAGGAAAUGAAGCUCAUGGUUCACAAGGGGAA